GACUCCGGUCCAGCCCGUAUAUCGCCAUGCGAACUCUCCUUGAACUCGCUGAGAGAGAGCGCCUGAGAUACGCUCGGGGAGCUUCUAUUUUGGAGACUUCGGUCUACAUGCACGACAUUUGUACGGGCGCUUCCACCGUCGAGGAGGCUCUUGUCUUGCGAGACUAAUUAAUUGCCAUCCUGAAGUCCGGAGGCUAUGAGUUGCGCAAGUGGUUGUCGAACUCCCCUCAUAUUUUGAAGGACCUCCCAGGAGAGGCUCAACAAGACCCUCAUCUGUUCGAGCACCCUGAGAAUCCUAAUUUGUUGACUGUGCUGGGCAUUCAAUAUCAGCCUGUUCAGGACACCUUCACGUAUAGAGUGAAACUUGACCCACCGCCCAAAGCAUGGACCAAACGCUCCGUGCUGUCUACCGUAGCCCGCACCUUCGACCCUAAUGGAUGGAUCACCCCGGUCAUCUUUUUGGCUAAGUGCUUCCUUCAAAAGCUCUGGAUGUCCGGGUUGGGUUGGGACGAGCCUAUUAGCGGAGUCCUCUUGCGAGAGUGGCUCUCCAUGCUCUCCUCCCUUCCGGACAUCAACCGGGUUUCCAUGCCAAGGUGCUUCCUCCCCCCCCCCCCCCCCCGGAAAUGCAGGGCUACCCUACAUGGGUUUUGCGACGCCUCUGAGAAGGGCUAUGCUGCUGUCGUAUAUUUGCGUAAUUACUCCGAACCUACCGAGUUGCCGGGCCUACGAGCCCGAGUAGGAGUGGGCAAGGAUAAGCCCACUCGGGAUCUCUCUCUUCUGGAACGGUACAGCUCUCUCGAUAAGCUCUUAGGAGUUACUGCUUGGUUGCGCUGCUUUGUCCGCAAUUCGAGAGACCCGUCCAACCGACUCUCUGAUUGCGUUUUGUCCCCUAGCGAGCGUCGUGAAGCUUUGAUGCAUUGGACCCGUAUGGUCCAAACGGAGCAUUUUGAGCCCGUCAUUGAAAACUUGAAGCGUGGCUCCGUUAUCAAGGGCGCCCUGGCCCGCCUGAACCUCUUUCUGGACGACGCUGGGAUGCUGCGCGUUGGUGGACGUUUGAAAAAUUCUCAACUGCCGUACGGGGCUCGACACCCGUUGCUGCUCCCUAAGGAUGGCGCCCUUGUCCGGUUGCUGGUAGCCCACCACCAUGUUAAGAAUGCCCACGCUGGGUGUAACGCUCUUUCGGCUAUUUUGCAGCGGGAGUUUUGGAUUUUGGCUGGCCGACGCACCAUUCGGAGCGUCAUCUUUAAGUGCAUAUCCUGUUAUAAACUGAAGGCCACCAUAUCGCAGCCUCUCAUGGGUGACUUGCCGCCAGACCGCGUCAGGGCCAUCCGACCAUUCGCUGGAGUCGGAACCGACUUUGCUGGCCCCUUCCUCGUCAAGUCCUCUAACCUUCGUAACGCGCGUUCGCAUAAGGCCUAUCUUUGCGUCUUCGUGUGCCUCUCCACUAAAGCCGUUCACUUGGAACUUGUAAGCGCCCUCAGCACGGAAGCCUGCUUGGCCACGCUUGGCCGUUUCGUAUCGCGGCGCGGUUUGCCGUACUUGAUCCGGUCGGAUUGCGGAACGAAUUAUAAGGGCACGGAUAGGUAUCUAAAAGAGGUCGUCGAAUUUCUGUCUAGCCACCGGACUUAUUUAGGCAAUGCUAUGUCAAAAAGGAGCAUCCAGUGGAAAUUCGACCCUCCGGCGUGUCCCCACUGGGGCGGUAUUUUCGAGGCGGUGGUUAAAGUGGCAAAAACGCAUCUCCGUCGCGUUAUUGGUGAAACUAUUUUGACAUUUGAGGAGCUCGCCACUGUAUUCUGUAAAAUUGAGGCUGUACUCAACUCUCGGCCCCUCUGUCCCCUCUCAUCCGACCCGAAUGAUUUGGAGGUUCUAAUCCCGGGACACUUCCUGAUUGACCAGCCGCUUAACGCUCUGCCAGAGUACCCCUUCAGGGAAACGAACGCUUCGCGGCUGAGCAGGUUUGCCCUGCUGCAACAGAUGACUCAGAGCUUUUGGCACCGAUGGUCUCUGGAGUACCUACAUCUUUUGCAGCAGCGCAUUAAGUGGUCUGACAAGACGAAACCUCCUCGGGUGGGAGACCUCGUGUUGGUUAAAGAACCCAACGCUCUACCUUUAUAUUGGCGCCGUGGGCGCAUUGUUAAGUUGUCGUAUGGAGCGGAUGGGGUGCCUAGAGUGGCCGAGGUUUUGGUCAGAGAUUCGGUCUUGCAACGUGCCGUCGCGACCUUGUCCCGUUUGCCAAUCUACUCGCGGACAUAAGCAUGUCCGGGGCGGGGGUUUGUUUAGGCAAAAAUAUUAUACAUUUGAAACUUGAAUCUUUUAACGUGCGUUCGUAGCAUCGAUAGCAAGGUCACCCGCCCCCCACCCGGUCGCAUUCCACGGCGGUAUCGGCCGGAUUUCUCGAGAAGCAUUGUAAAGUUUUCUGCGAUCUAUACUGACGUCUUAGUGAUUAGCGCCUAUUUUUGUUACGAAAGUAUAAACCCGCGUAAAUCGUUGCGUCUACGAGGACACGCAUUGUUCUUUAGGACUUAUUAAUUUCUGUCAAAUUAAUUGUGCAACUCCGACAGUGAUUUUCCUUUGAAGUUCUACGUUUGGCUGUACCAUUACGUGACAAAACGGAAAGAGUGCCUCAAGAGGGGAAUAGUUCCGGGGCUACCAGCGGAUACCUUCUCCAGGACAGUAUUGUGUCAUCUAGCCCAGGCCACUUACACACAGAUUCAUACAAAGCACACAUACAUUCACUACACUUCCAUCAGCCGGGCAGAUCCUGGUGAACCGUCUCCGCUCCAGAAGCAGGCACUUCUUAAAAGGCAUGCUGAAUUAUGCCCUACACCAUCAGAACAAGCUGCCGUGUUGGCUCUGGUCACAAAGCUACAGACAGUGCUAGAUAAUCUAGUUGUUGCUCCGGGUGAUUUUGCAGCUUGUCAAUUAGAAGAAGUUCGACAAGUUGGCUCGUACAAGAAAGGCACAAUGAUGGCAGGAAAGAAUGUAGCAGAUAUUGUUGUUAUUAUGAAAACUUUACCCACAAAAGAGGCUGUUGAGGGACUGUCUAACAAGGUGAAUGAGGAGGUAAACAAGUUAACCCGGGCGGAGGGCACCGGGACAGUAACUUCGGCGUGCAACGAGCGUGGCUUCACCGUGACCGCGCCACAAACUGCAGUGCGGGUGCUGGUGACCACGCUGCACCAGAACCUCAGGAAGUUGGAGCCCAAGGUGCAUUUGGACUACAAAGUGAUCAGUAGCCACUUGGCAGCAAUCCGUCACAGCAGAUGGUUCGAGGAGAACGCGCAUCACUCUUCAAUUAAGGUACUAAUCCGUCUGCUUCGAGACAUGUGCGCUCGGCACACGGGACUAGAACCGCUGACACCCUGGAUGAUAGACCUGCUGGCUCACCACUGCAUCAUGAACAACCCAGCGAGGCAGGCGCUGCCCAUCAAUGUGGCUUUCAGGCGCGCGCUGUCGCUGGUGGCGGGCGGGCUGUUCCUGCCGGGCUGCGCGGGGCUGCCCGACCCCUGCGAGGGGGCCCACGCCCGAGCCCAUACUGCGCUAGACCUCGCCGCACAGGACCACGCCGCGGCCACGGCACAGACAUUACUUCGUGUAGUAGCCCGAGGUGGUCACCGUUACGUGCUCGGGCUUCAGCCUUUUGAAGGCGGUAAAGACAUCUCCACUGAGAUCACUGUGUGGGACGGAGUGGUCGUGUCACCCCUGGCACCCGCUUACCAGGAGACUCCGGAGCCCAUGGACACUGACGAUAAGGACGAGGACAGCGUACAGAACGGUGUUGCCGCUUAAACGCGCUCGGCUUCGAAUUGAACGUCAUCGAGAUUUAUAAUAAAUUUAAUAUAAUUUU